AUGGGGAGUUGGGAAGGCGAAAUAUGGCAUUGGUCUCUUGGUAUUUAUUGUGAUCCGGAGGACGGGGCAGUCGUGGCGCAAUUGCAUGAGUUGGUGAUUCUUCUCGCGCCGAUUCAGCCAUGUUUCUCGAUUGAUGAUUCGUUUGUGUGGUGGAGAAAUCCUUCCGAGUUCACGGUGAGUAAUGCUUAUGACACAAUCUUGUUACUUGAAAUUACGAGACCUCUGUUGAAUAAUUCGGUCUCCUUAGCUUUCUCUCGUUUAUGGAAGACAAAGGUUCCUAGUGGUAUUCAUCUUUUCGGUUGGAGAUUGAUUUGGAAUAGACUUUCUUCGAAAGCGAAAUUGGCAAAACAUGGAGCAUUACUAGAUCCUAAUUUGUUGGUGUGCUCUUUGUGUGGUCGGUUUCCAGAAGAUUUAGAACACCUUUUUCUUCAUUGUGACAUUGCUAGAGAUUGGUGA